CUUCAAGCAUUCGACAACGACGUUCGACAUCGGCAUCCCGCGUCACUUGUCAAUUUGCACUUUACAGUUGGAAAACGGCAACCGUCGCGUUACAUGAAAUAGUGAAACAAGCUUUAAGUUAUCAAAUAGAAGGUUCUAAUACGAAAAUGUCGGCAUAUGAAUCUCACGCUUACUUUACAGGGAAUGGAACAUACAAAGCUAUAAAUCCAAUUCUUUCUAAAGUGGGCGACUUCACGCCGUUUUAUAUCGCUAUAGCGAUCUGCUCGAUUAUAUUCGGAGCUCUGCUCAUCUUGAACGUCGUGUGCUGCUGCUCCAGAUACUCCGACUAUUGGCUGGAUCGACACACGGGAAACCGCUGGAUUGUAUCUAUUUGGUCGGCAACACCACACAAACAGCCACCACUGGACUUUACUGAACUCGAGAGCCAAUACCAACAGGUUCAGUACGUGCAUCCAUUCCACAGUGAGGAUUACCAAGAAGUUCACAGGCACGGUUCAGAAGUAGCAGCUUCAAUUUCACGGCAGCCCCUGACAACCUCUCAAGAAUACCUCGAACUGCACAAAAGAGAAAGUGAUAUAUAAGAUGGCUUUUCUCAUGAUGUAUCCCGCCAUUGCCAUACUUUCAAUGUUUGUACUGAUGGUCAUUAUUUUGAUACUGAGAUUUGGGGCUCGUUGGUGUAAGCUCCGGCACAGUACAUUCGCAGACCAAGAAUAUUGGAAUGAAGACGAAGCUUAUGAGCAGAAGGUUUCAUAUGCUUAAACUUCAAACUUUAUUUUGCAACCCCUCCGUCCAGUUUUGUCUGAUUUUAACUUGUUUGUAGACUUUAUUUUUACUAGUAUGUAAGAGAUGUAUAGAUGAUAAAUAAUAUUUAAGAUUCAAUGAUUAUUGAUUGCUUUUACUAGACUAGAAUAGAGUUAUUAGCACAAACUUACAAAUGAUACUAAUGAAAAAAAAGAAACAAUUACUAUUUUGAAUAAUUAUGUUCAAAAAAUAAAUUUGAAUUAAAUCUUCUUGUUGCUGCUAACUUAGAUGUCAAAUAGUGAAAUUAUGUAUUUUAUAUUAUGUACCUUUUGGUAUUAAUAAACAUUUUCUAUAUUUCUUAA